AUGUCUAAGAACGUUAAGAAAUCUUCCUGGAUCAAAAAACGUUACUCAGAGAGCAGUCGAGCAAAAGCACAACAACGUCAGCGCCGUAAGAGUAGCCUCUUUAAGAAAGCCGCAGAAUUCAGCUUGGAGUGCGAAUCCGACGUGGUUAUCGCAAUUAGGAUCCGGAAAACCGGCCAGGCGUAUAUUUUUGAUUCAUCACCGCAGGAGGCGUGGUUAAGAACACUCCCGAGCUUGGCAUACUCCUAUCCCGUUCCAAUUCAUCAGACAAUUGAGGAUAUCUUACCCCAGCUCGGGGAGCGUUCGCCAUCAUCUCCGGUUGCCUGA